CACUGCAUCAUCCAGAGUGCAAUGGCACGAGCUUGUUAUUACGAGCUCACUGAAUCGAACUGUUUCAUUCGAGUCCAACGCAGGCUAAUCGAUGGAGAGCCGCGGUCGUGCGCCGGUGCCGCACCUGCUGUUCGUGACCAGCCCGAUGCAGGGCCACAUCAACCCGGUGCGCCGCCUCGCCGCCCGCGUCGCGGCGGCGGACGCUCGGGUCACCAUAUCCACCGCAGUCUCUGGCCACCGCCGCAUGUUCCCUUCCCUGGCGUCCCCGGACGAGGAGGCCGUCGACGCCGCGGGCCUGUUGCACGUCCCCUUCUCCGACGGCUACGACGAGGGGUUCGAUCGCGAGGUGCACGACAUCCGCUCCUUCGCCGCGCGCAGCCGCGCGGCCGGGUGCGAGACGCUCGCCGGCGUCGUCGCGCGCCUCGCCGAGCGCGGCCGCCCCGUCACGUGCAUCGUGUACACCUUCCUCGUCGGGUGGGUGCCCGAGGUCGCGCGCGCGUGCGGCAUUCCGGCCGCGCUCUUCUGGAUCCAGCCGGCCGCCGUGUUCGCGGUGUACUACCACUACUUCCACGGCCACGGCGCUGUCCUCGCCACCUGCGCCAACGACCCCACCUGCGACGCCGUCGUCCGCCUGCCUGGGAUGCCGCCACUCAAGUCGCGCGCGCUCCCGACCAUCGUGUCGCUCACCUCGCCGCAGCAGCAGGGCUACCCGGUGCUCGGCACGCUGCGCGACCUCUUCCUGGCGCUCGAUGCGGACAGGCCCACCAAGGUGCUGGUCAACACCUUCGAUGCGCUGGAGCCCGAGGCGCUCCGUGCCGUGCCGGGCCUGGAGCUCGUCGCCGUCGGGCCGGUGGUUCCCGACAUCGGCGCGUCUCCGUCCAGCACGGACCUGUCCCUCUGCGACGACGGCAGCGACGCGUACAUGGAGUGGCUGGACACUCAGGUGGCACGGUCCGUUGUGUACGUGUCGUUCGGAACCAUAUUUACGGCGAGCAAGCGGCAGGAGCUGGAGACGUUCCAAGGACUAAAAGCCACCGGCCGGCCGUACCUAGGGGUGUUGCGCAAGGUCGCCGAGGAAGGUGCGGCGUUGGACGGCGGGAGCGGUGGUGGCGGCGCCGCCGACGGGAGGCAAGGGAUGGUGGUGGAGCGGUGCGACCAGGCACGGGUGCUGUCGCACCCGGCGGUGGGAUGCUUCGUGACCCACUGCGGGUGGAACUCGGCGCUGGAGAGCAUCGCGUCCGGCGUGCCGAUCGUGGCCGUACCGCAGUGGACGGACCAGCCGACGGUGGCGUGGCUGGUGGAGGAUUGCGCCGGCGUCGGAGUGCGCGUGGAGGUGGACGAUGAGGGAGUGGCGGAACGAGGCGAGAUCCAGAGGUGCGUGGAGACGGUCAUGGGCGACGGCGACGCGGCAGUGGAGAUCCGAGCAAGCGCAAUGACAUGGAUGGAACAGGCCAAGGAGGCAAUCGCCGCCGGCGGGGUCUUGGAGAGGAAUCUUCAAGCGUUCGUGUCGGGGCUAUGACAACAUCUAUUCCGACAUCCUUGCGCGGGAGAGCAUAUCUUCCACAAUUUCGCACGAGCAUGUACAUGCAGUUCGAUUUCUUCCUAAAAUGCGACAUUUCUUCAAAAAAAAAAAAAAAAAAAAAAAAAAACUCGAGGGGCUACGGUGCAUGCGUGAAGACAGAACCACUUUGUCCGUUUCACACAAUAUGCGCGGUUGAAUUU